AUGUCAAAAUAUAAAGUUGCGCUUAUAUCACGGGGCGAAAUCUUACAAGAUUUGCAUUUUGGGCCAAAUGCUAAAGAUUGGUGGAUUUCUCGUCCAACUAACAAUGAUGUAACAUAUACGCACCUAUAUCCAAUUCGUUUUGGUAUGAAAACUCUAACUACAAUAAAUCAGCAUGUUUUCAUAAUUACAGUAGUUCAAGAUGGCUUUGAGUCCGGGUAUUUAUGUCAAUCUGAAGCAUUGCGAAGUAAUGUAUGUAAAAGUUCAUUGGAAGCGGUUACCUCUACAUAUCAACAAGCUUUUUUAAAAAAAACUAGAUUCAAUGGUCUUUUAGUUAUGGGAUUUGAUGAUUUAGAAAUAUGUAAAAUGUUACUUACUGAUAUUCCUUUUCAUCCUUAUACUUUUAAAAUCAGGAAUAAUAUAAAUUUGACGGUUUUUGGAAUUGGUAAAUCGAACAAUCCUGAUUGGAAAUAUGCUAGAAAAGGUUAUCAAAGCUCUUUUGUGUAUAACUUUCGCAAAACUCGAGCAUUAUUUUUUCAGAAAUUUAGUAAUAAAGAAGCAAUUGUUAAAAUAUAUCAAAAUUCUCAAGAAGCAUAUACUUUUCGUGAUACUGACCCUAAUACAGUUUGGAAUCAAAUUGGUAUAUUAACACAAUUUACAGGAAGCACGAUAUUUGGACUUGAACAUGAACAAACAAUAUCAGAAAUUAAUAAAGAACAAACACUUACAUGUACGGUAGAAGAUUGGCAAAAUGAACAGAUUAUGAACAGACUUUUUAAUUAUCAUCUAAAAAAAUUUAUCGUUACGUCUAUAGAAUGGAAAAAAUUUUUUAUUUUCUGGCAAAAUCAAGAAAGUAAUAUUAUUGAACUAACAACUCAGCUAAAAAAAAUAUACCCACCAGGUUAUACCAUUAAAGAUCGCGAAUUGCGUGCAUGGAAAGCCUUAUUACGACAUACAGGUUGUACUAAUAUAACACCUUUUGGAAAGGAUUCUGCGGUAAACCCUAAAAUUUCUCAACAUUCAAUUCUCAAGUCCUCGUGGUUUGUCCCAUUGUCAUAUAAAUCAGGUACCUCUUCUCAACGUCCGACGGUUGAUCAACUAAAAAGUGACGAAGAAAAUAUAUGUGGUAAUCUACUUACACUAGGUUGGGCGUUAAAGGAAAAUCAAAAAUUUGGAAAAAAGGGUGCAGGUAAAAGAAUCAGUAAGCAUGUAAUAGCUCACUUGGAAGGAUACUUUUUAGCCAGUAACGCUAAUAAAAGUGAAAGAUAUAGCGCAGAAGAAAUGCAUAAGGAAUUAAUAGAUUUAGCAAAGGAAGGUAGUUUGGAGAAAAAUGAUAUUCCAAAGGUGUCGACCAUUCAAAACUGGAUAGCAAGAUAUGCAGCGCAACAUAAGCAAAAAAUGGCAAAAAUGAUUUUUCAAUA